AUGACUAGAAGAUUUAAAGAUAUCAUCGAAAUGAAUCCGCCUAGUUGGAUUAUAGAUAUAGCACAUUUUGACGUAUUAAGUGAAAAAGACAUUGAUCCUAUUAUUGCUGGAGAACUUCUUGAACUGAAGGAGAACAAAGUAUUAAUGAAAAAUAUUGAAAGGGAUGGCUUAUAUGGAUGGAUGAAAGUAGAAUCGAUUCAUCCAUUACUCUUUGAAAAAGUUGUUCCGUUUGUACUUGGCUUUCCCACCACUUGGUUGGUUGAGACAGGAUUUUCUGCAACAAACGAUUUACUCACAAAAAAACGCAAUCAAUUGCAGAUUGAGAAGAGAGGAGACUUACGUUUGAGGUUGAACCAAGAUCUGGAAAUUCAACUUGACAAAUUGAUAGAUAGACAUCAAGAGCAGUGUAGUCAUUGA